GAAUUUCACACUGUUUUUGUUGGACUGCCAUUUCCCGAGGAAGGUCUCGAUAGCCCAACUAUCCGGAACUGUUACACUGGGCAAUAUGGAGCAUAGAACAUUUCAACAAGACUUUGCUAAUAUCAACUUGCAUUAGCCUGCCACAAGACUGAAAGCCAAAACGUACCGUCUUUUCAUCAGCAUAACACCAGAGGACGAGACUAGAGCCUUUGCAAUUUUGGGAAUUUUUGUUUUCAUUUUCAGCUUCUCAUGAAGCUGUUUUGUCUGAUCAUGAACACCUCGAUGAACAAGACAGACUGCCCAGAGUUGACUCUUCCUGUCCCUGUCUUCUUCGCUAUUGGCGUAUUCAGUUUGAUGGAGAAUCUCUUGGUUGUGGUGGCCGUCAUAUACAAUCGAAAUCUCCACUCGCCCAUGUAUGGCUUCAUGUGCAGCCUAGCGGGCUUCAACACCAUCGCCAGCCUCACGAAAACUUGUGAGAACGUCCUGCUUGUUUUCGCAGAUGCGGGACAACUGGAGAGGAUCGGUUCAUAUGAGACCAAGCUUGAUGACGUGAUUGACUCAGUACUCUGUAUGUCCUUUCUGGGUUCAAUUUUCAGUUUCCUGGCCAUAGCUGUGGACCGAUACGUCUCUGUAUUCCAUGCACUUCGAUACCACAACAUUAUGACAAUGCGGCGUACAUGGACUAGUCUGGGCAUCAUCUGGACAAUCUGUGGAGUGUCAGCCAUGUUCAUCGUGAGCUUCUUCGACUUCAAGUUCAUCAUGAUCUUCUUUGUUUGCCUAUUUUUGAUCUGCUUUGUCAUCAUCUGCUUCCUUUAUGUUUAUAUGUUCAUGCUGGCACGUAACCAUGCCAGGAAAAUUGCCUCUGUGAAUUCAGGUGGCGGUGAAAACUGUCGUUUGAGGUGGUGGGGUGGCAGUAUGAGAGGAGCCAUAACACUUACUAUCCUGUUUGGAGCAUUUGUUUUGUGUUGGGCACCUUUUUUCCUGCACGUCAUCAUCAUGGCCGUAUGCCCGACUGACCCAUAUUGCGAGUGUUACAGGUCACUCUUCCAGCUCCAUGUGUUGCUGCUUAUGAGCCAUGCCCUCAUUGAUCCUGCUAUCUAUGCCUUCCGCAGCGCAGAGCUUAGGCAUACGUUCAGAAAGAUGAUCCUUUGUUCGUGAGAAAUACAGCCUUUAUUUAAAAUUUUCCUGUCGGUCUAUUUUCAUUACCUGAGCAAAAUGAACUAAUAUUAACGUGCAGUUCCAUUCUAUAGAUACGCUUUCCAUUCAUCCAUCCAUUUUCUACAACUUGAGCUGGGGUCUGUCCCAGACUACUUCCUUUCAAUGGUUACCAGGCAUCCACAUGGCAGUAUUGACAACACUACCACUGGACACAGAUUUCGGCCCGCCGACAGUAACUGACUGGCCCGCACAGGGACCAUGACAUCAAAGUAAAACAAAAAAGAUUCAGUGCUUUUGUUUUUGAAGUUAUACUUUUAGUUUACACGCGGACUCUAGUACAAGCAAGUUACCUAGCAAGACCUAAGGCUUGUGUCUGCAGUGUUGCCAACUUUGCAUUGUUUUCGCUAUAAUAGCGGCCUUUCCAACUCUAGCAAUGAUUUUUCCAAAGAAAAAAAACAAAAAACAGGGGUCGUAAUGUUUCUUACACGGUGGAGGGAAGAGGGCCAAGAAGAUUUAGCCUGAUAAAACUGUACACAAAUCUACAAUUCCAUACACUGUACCAAUUGGGUGGAUUAAAAGUCAUCGCUCAAUUACUUAAUAUUCCACUUCCCAAUUGUUUGGAAGUCCUGACUAAUAUGAGUUUGCAGUAGGUGCACAAAAUUAAUGUUAUCAUUUUUUAAAGCGUGGAUAUCAAACUUUACUAAAUGCUUACAAUUUUGUUUAAAAUUUGUGUUUCUUGAUUCUAACAAUACAUUACAUAUUUACAUUCUGUACAUAGAAAUUUAUUGACACAAGAAAAUGUUUUUACCCGGGACAGUCAUGGUGUUGAGCAGGUAUGGGCUUUAAUUUUGUGAACAGAAUUUGAGA